UCUAAAAUCUUGCCGUACUCCGAGACUAUUUGUGAGCCUUUUUUUGCUGCAUAUCCAAGUGGCAAUCUUUUCGUAUCCUCUCAGUACUGUCCUGUGCACUGAAAGGUUCGACAGUUCUACGCCAUGAACGCAACAACACUGUAUUUUCGAAAGCUGUUCUCGGGUUCGCGUGAGUUGAACUAUGGGAACACGGUACUGGUGCAGCGGGAUAACGGGCAGUGGUGGCUAGGAUACGUUCAGGACAUCGAUGGUCCUAACUUCUUCGUGGACUUUGAUGCCAGCAGCAUCAAUGCCCAAUGGAUUCAUUCCAGACAUCUCUGGCCGCACCGUUUCCUGAUGCAUGAGCCAUUGCCUGAGGGGUCGUCAGUGCAGGUAGCGCUGCGGCGGACCUAUGUGGAUCCGAUGGUUUUCUGGUCUGGUGCCAUCGUAGACGAUGAGAAAACCGAUCCGUAUGUACUUGUCCGUGUAGACGCUGACAAAUCUGACGGAAUAGAACGACAGCAUAUCCUUCAUCGGAAUUACUGCACCGAGAAGCUGCCAGCACCGGAGGAGGGGGGAAGUUUCUUCGAAACCACUACAGGGUUUCUGUACAGGAAACACAGCAUUAGCUUUUCCAGUUCCCAAAUGCUGCCAGACGUGGACUUCAUCCCGACGUUCUUGGUCCGCACCUGUCGAUUGGUGUUGGGCAAAGACGAUAACGUAUGCGAUGCGAACUGUCGCUUUCAUCGAUUCGUAAGAGUGGACGAGGUUCAUUUCGUGUGCAGUGCACACGAGGAGUCGGGUGGAUCGUAUCCGCUUCACGUCGGUUGUCGAAUGUGCGUGCGAGCGGGAGUGGAUACGAUCACUUUUAUCUGUGCCGAAAUGCAUGGUGACAAUGACGGCUACAGCAUGCUGUGGGAUGAAAGUUCCCUGAGAAAUGCUUGUGAAGAUUAUUUGAAGGAGAAUCUGACAGUGGACCUAAGGGAUAUGGAGGCCAUUCCAUGGGGCGCGUUGCAGCGAGACACAACGGAAAUGUCCAUAAGUGAACUUGUGCAUCCCAUCGUGGCAUUGAUAAUGUGCUACCUGGAUGUGGAUUCCCAAUUGCGGACCAGCAGGGUUUGUGCGCUGUGGAUGUCAGUUUUCCGUCUGCACGUGAAGGAUCGACACAUCCAGUUUGAUCUCUGCACAAUGUGCAAAAGAACGCCUCACGAGUUGUCCGGACAGUACGCGGAUUUCGUCGAUCUCGAUCCCAGAGAAGAGUACUCCAGCUACCUGAAGUACAAACUGGUAACCACACUGCACCGCGUAGUUCCUACGCGUACGCAUGUGUUGGCGCUGACGGAGGACGGGAAUCAUGCUCAUGCUGGACUGGGACUCACCACCCGCCUGACAUUGACCGGCAACGUUUUAGCCGCCCGAGGCGUCCGUCUGCCACUGAUUAUGGUAAAGAACGGGCGUGACGCCGCUUUCGGGGCAUCGUGUUUCCUGGGUAUUGACCGUAAUCCUCGCAGUGGAGCAUGGGAAUGUAGCGGAUUGGCGAAGCUGACGAUGGUAUGCGAGCAGCUGGUGCUGGUCAACAUGGCUACGGAGACACUAAUCACCGGUGCAGCAUACAAGAUCUUGGCAUUAUCGGAUCUGCCGGAUCAAGAGAGAGCGUUGAUGCGCAAAUACGGUUCGGUCGAUGAUAAUAUCCGAUAUCCGGUAACCAUUCCCCGUCUACAUUUUCGCUCGGAGGACACAUCCGCUGAACGGAUCCGCAUUCUUCUGGCCGCGGCCAACGACCAGUUUCCGGCCGUCAGUCAGCGGGUGUACGACAAGGUCUCAGCCUUGCAUGGGCGCUGGGUGCGAACGUUGGCUUAUCCGGAUCAGUGGAAUGGUAUUCGCGUUUUUCUCCAACUGUUUAAUUCUCUGCGCCCUGAUGACACUCCACAGCGAUGGGAUACGAUGGAUCUUCGCCAAGUCGAUGUUGCUGCUCUGACCCCUGUCACUUUCGCGGCACUGAAUGGAUUGUAUAGAGACUGAAAUAGUGGACUGGAAGUACGGUUUCCGGAUUGCUUACAUUCAUUAUUUUGCUUCCUCAGUUUCUAGUUUUUUCGGUUGCUCACCUUGGGCUUGCGCCGCGGCGAGCUCGAUUGGCAAACACUAGUACGGCAAUCGUGUGAUACUGUCUGCGG